AUGGCUAAUUUCGACGAUGAUAUUUACGGUGGUUUUAGUGGUGUAACGAACAAACUGUUCAACUACGAUCCGAAAGAGGAUCAGGCAUUUCAAAAUGCGAUUCGCACCUCCAGCUACGGCAAAAAGGCGACGACACCAAAGUUCUUUUGGAAUGGCGAUAAAAUCGGCUCCGCGGAACCGGCCACAGCAAUGGCGAGGCCAUCGACCGCUAUCCGACCGGUCGGCUAUUCGUCGCACAAUUCCAAACUCUUCGAUCCGUUGAAUCAGGCCUCGAAGAAGAUUGUCGUGAUGGAAAGCAAGAAGGAAGAGACCCCCGAGCAGCGUUACAAGAAUCUAGAGACCAAGAUAUUCUCGUUGCUGGAGGAAUCGAUCAUUGCUAGCACCGGUGCGAAGCCGGACAUGGCCACCGGAUUGGCGAAGGCAAAGGAAGCCUCAUCGUUGGACCGGACACUACUUCGGAUGCGCGAUCAGGACGGCGGCACGUACACGCACAAUUUUGACCUAACGUUCUUCGUGCUGUUCAAUCUGGCCAACGUGUACGCCAAGAAUGAAAUGUACAUCGAGGCGCUCAACACCUACACGCUGAUGACGAAAAAUAAAAUGUUCCCAAACGUGAACAGGCUGAAGAUCAAUAUGGGCAACAUUUACUUUCAGCUUGGCCUCUACACGAAGGCCAUCAAGAUGUACCGGAUGGCGCUGGAUCAAGUGCCGGGUAAUCAGAAGGAACUGCGGCUCAAGAUAACGCACAACAUUGGGAUACUUUUCAUAAAAAUGGGCCAAUAUUCCGAUGCAGCGACGAGCUUUGAGUUCAUCAUGUCGGAGAAAGGUGACCUGAAGACGGGACUGCACUUGAUUCUGUGCUACUACGCGCUGGGUGACGUGGAGAAGAUUAAACAUGCAUUCCAGCUGCUGUUGGACAUCCAAAUUGAUUACAAUGAAGACGAAAAGGUUUACCAGACGAAUUCCAAUCCAUCGUAUGAAUACAUCUACGAGCUUAUCAAAACGGACGAGUUGCACAACUACGAACGAAAGCUUCGCCAUUUGGCGGAGAAAAAUAUCCUCAUUUCGGCCAACUUGAUUUCGACCAUAAUCGACGAUUACUUCAACGAUGGCUACAGUUGGUGUGUGGAAACGAUUAAAAAUUCCUACUUUUCAUCGCUCGCUACCGAUUUGGAGUUGAAGAAGGCCGUGAUCUAUCUGAAACAGGAUGAUUUCCAACAAGCGAUCGACACGUUGAAGUACUUCGAGAAGAAGGAAUCGAACGUUGCCAUUAAUGCGGCAAUUAAUUUGAGUUUCAUUUACAUUUUGAAAAGGGAUGUGGCUGCGGCGGAAAACUAUACCGAAGUGGCCAAGAAGAUCGACAGCUAUUGUCCAGCCGCAUUCAUAAAUAGUGGAGUUUGCUACUAUAUGAAGAAUGACUACGAAACGGCAAAGUUGAUGUUCACCAGUGCGCUCGACAUCGAUUCUACCUCAUUUGAGGCCCUCUACAACAUGGGGCUGAUAUUUAAGAAGCUCGGGGACUACAACAACGCCCUGCUGUACUUUCGCAAGAUCAUUUCGAGCCUCGGCCACGAGCAACAUCCGGAGGUGCUGUACCAGAUCGCCAAUCUAUACGAUCUGCUCGGAGACGUUAGUACGGCGCUGGAAUACUACCUCCAGCUGUUGAGCUUGGUCCAGCAGGACAACAGAAUCAUACAGAAGAUCGGCGAGCUGUACGAGGCGGACAACGAGCGACAGCAGGCGUACCACUAUCACCAUGAAUCGUACCGCAUCUAUCCGAUCGAAUCGACCGUCGUCAACUGGCUCUGCUCGCACUACAUCGAGCUGCAGGUGGUCGAGAAAGCGAUCGGGUUCUACGAGAAAGCGGUCUUGCGCAACCCGCAAGACCCGUACUAUUUGUUGCGCAUUGCAGGCUGCUACCGGCGUAUCGGUAAUCAGCAGAAGUCGAUGAACCUGUUCAAGAUGAUACAUGAAAUCUACCCGGAGAACACGGACUGCUUGCGGGCACUGAUGCAUCUCAGUCAGUCGCAAGGGAACGGUGAGCUGUACGAAAAGUAUAGUGCCGAGUUGCAGAAGCUAGAAAAACAGAAAGAAGUACGACAACGCAUUGGUACGAGUCGUCCGCCAACUUCGGGGAAUUCACGGAUUUCCAGUGGCGACUACAGUGUGCGCUCGGGCAGUGGAGGACUUGCACACGAGGGAUAUCAUCCUUCCGGCAGCGGUUCGGCACAUUCCUCCUCCGGUCUGGGAGGAACGAAAAGUGCCGAUGUGUCACCGGACUACAGCAACAACUUUACCCACACGGGAGGAUAUGGCUAUGCGGAUCCGCUAGGACCACCACAGGAACGUCCCCGAACGGGUGUGCGAAAAAACCUUACAUUCGAGGAUGAUUCGGAUGAAGAAAUUAAUACCAUCGAUCUACUACCGGCAUAA